AUGUACAACUCGGUAAUUGGGUGUAGAAGCGAAUCGUGCAUCAACAACGUCAAAUUGAGCCUAAACUGCACCAAAGACUACGCGACAAGUACGACCCGGUCGCGGCGCUCCGAUCACUACGCCAAGCCCCCCAAAUUGCCCGGGCAAGCCUGCAGCUUGGACGACGUCUCGACCGAUCCCUGGGGAGCCAGCAGGAGCGGCCACGCCAACCGGAACCUCCUGCAACAGCGAUCGAGCUUGAGGAGGACGCGCAGCUUGGCCGUCUCCAUCGGGGAGGAUUGCCCGCAGAAGAGACUGCCCCAGCUGAUACCCCGAGCGAAGCUCAUCAAAGUUAAUAAUAGGUAUAAGGGAUUGAGCGCUGAUAAUUUAACUCAAAAUAUCCACGAUUUUGUGCACUAUCAAGAAUCUUCCUAUUUCGAUAAACGUUCGAACAGCAAACAGAAUCCUCUGCAUUCGUACGUAUCUUUGCAGAAUAUCCACGAGAAUUUCGACUGCAACAACAACGCUUCUUCUUCAGGAAAUACUUAUAGGGAACUGAGCUUGCCUAAUUAUUAUCCAGACGUGAAAUACGAUACUGACAACACGGACGAUUUAUCUUGCUUAUCGUUGGAGAAUUCCAGUAGAAUUAAAGAGAGCAUUUCGUACGAUGAGAAUAUUGUGUUGACGACGAAUAAAAAUCUCUACGAAGAAAGCAAACCGAAAACGAUAAGAAACCCGACGCCUUAUAACGAGAAUUACGGUACAAUCAAUCCGGUCAAAGCGGAAAGCCAACCGGUAGAAGAGAUCGAUUCGAAUUUGGACGAAAUUAAUCUAAAAAUCGAAAAUAUCACUAAAACUUUAUUGGAAGUUAAAGGAAUUGACUCGAAUCCUGAGCAGUACAAGACCGUCGUAGAGGUAACCCCGCAGGAAAGUACCGAUAGAACCCACGGGCAUAAUUACCUCAAAGAGUUCCUCGAAACGCAGAAAGGUUCCAAAAAACCCUUGCAAAAUUUCAUAACUAAGAAACUGUCGAAUUUAUCCAUCAGGAAGAACUCGAGUUCGAAUUUAACGGAGCAUCAGUACUACUCUCUGCCCGAUAUAAGCAUCGGGAAGAAUUUGAGGAAGUGCGAGAAAAUCGACAGGAAGCUGAGAAAGUGCAGUAAAAAGGAGUCCUCUUCAAAAGAGAACCGUUUCAUCAUAAACAUCGGUAGUCACUUCGAUUUAUCGUCGGAAGGUAACGCAGCCCCGCCGGAUUUCGAACUGAAAAUAGCGAAAAUCCCCAAAAAGAGCACUCCCAAAGAGCAAGAGGAAUUCGUCGAAGCGAUCAAAAAGCUCAAAAACUCCCUAAACGAGAAUCUCCUAAACGACAACGAAAAAAUCGACGAGAUGAAGAACCACUGGAACAACGCCGAAAAGUGCAAAAUCGUCGACGCCACCGCCAAAACCGAGAAAACCCCAAACAAAGUCGAAUUAACCAAACGCCUAUUCGAACCGCAACAGCAAGAAAACACCAACAAACUGUCCCCCAACAUCAAGGAAACCUGCUCGUACUUCGAGAACAAAAACUCCUCGUUCUACAACCACCACAACGACGACAAAUUCCAAAGCCUCUGCCCGAAUUCGGUGGAAAUUAUCUCCGGCAAGCCGCAGGAUCAAGAACAAGACCAUUCUCUCCAACAACCACCCGAAUUCGACCACGUCAGGUACAAAAUAAUCAAAUCGGACCUCUUCCAGAAGAACAACAAAAUCAUCGCCGAUAAAAAUUGCGACGACUCCAAGCCCCAAUUCGACGACCUGAUCAGGUACCUCAGAGACUACAGCUUCCAGGAGCUGCUGGUAGACAACAACAUCGUCAUAAUAGAACCCAUCAGGUCCAAAAUACCGUACGAACCUUCGUCUUGCGUUAAAUCCGUUAAGAACAUUUCUACUAGCAUAAGAAACAACCAAACCAACGACAACACCAGCAAAUCGAGCUUGAACAGGAAAUUCUACUACCACCCUAUAAGGGUGAAUAAGGAAGUAAACGAAGAGGAACUGCCCAGUCCAGAUACAGUGAGGCAAGUGAGGCAGCUGUUCGAAAAACGCACCAAAGCCACAAACCCAGCAAAAGAUAUCAGAUCCUCCACUUCCACAACCGAUUCUAACUAUUCAACAGACUUCGAUAGUCAAGAGAAUCUAUACGAUUCAAUAGACAACAACGAAGAUAUCUACAGCGAGUACGUGAGCGAGGAUAUCCUGAAGAAAAUCAGAGAAAAAGGUACCUCUGUGACCUACUAUGGCGGUAGAAUAGUCGAUAAAAACACGGGGCAAUCGGUUCUAACCAAAUCUAUUAUGGACGAGAUACAUUACAACGAAAAACGGUGCACCGAAUGCGUUAAAUUUAAAAUCCUGAAGUCCAAUAGCUGCGCCAGUAGAUUGGAAUUGGUGGGUACUAGAGACGGUAAGGGUAGGGAAAAAGAAGGGAAAACGGCGCGGAGCCAUCCGAAAAUUAUAGGGGAGGAAAGGAAAGUGUCCCAAUGGAAGGAUCUCGGCGAUCAAAAUAGCCGGAAAGUGUAUUCGAAUUUCUUCGAAUGCGACAAAAUUAAGGGAAACUCGGCUAAGAAAAUCGAAGAUAUGGAAUUCGAACCGUACGAGAUAGCUUAAACGUACGAUAGGUGUAUUUUUUAGUGAGUCUUUUUUUUGUUCAAUUAAGCAUAAUGGAGCUUUAACUGCUAAAUGUAUAAUUUUAUUUCCAAUAAAAUAUGGAUAAA